AUGUCUGACUCUAACACUUGGCCAUACGAAGAAUUCAGUCCACUCCUGGAAGAAGAGGGCGCCGCCUACUAUGAAGACCGUCGUGCUAGGUAUCGUGAAGCAUCACCCCAGACAUCGUCCGAUGAUUCUUCAAGCGAAUCGUCAAAUGAGACGGAGGAUUUCGCAGCAUUCAACUUCGACGAGGAAGAGCGAGACCCCCGAAAUUGGGACUACGUUGACCCCGAGGGUAUGGCCACUCGCAUUACCAACUCCGUCAUGAGUCAGUUGAGUCAUCUGCCUCUCGAUGAGAGAGCCCGGCUUGCCCUUGAAGAGGUGGCGUCGUGGUUGGGCCAAACGCAGCAUAGGUUGAUAAGUAGUUCUAUAACAUACCCUGCACAAGAUUAUACUCCAGAAGAGACGGAAAUACCAGUGGAGGAGGAGUAUGGCGACACGAGCGUAUCUUCCUCAGAUUCUUCUGAAGAAAUUUUAGACGAUUAG